CAGGCGCUUUCGCCUCGGUGCCCAGCUUCACGCUGCCGCGAGGCGCCAGCUUCAGCUCCCAGUCGCCGCAUCCUGGCGGGCCGCUGUCGAGGACCCCGUCCUUCCAGGCACCUCCGGCUCUGCAGACCAUCAGAUCUUUCAAUCUUCUAGGCCCGCCGGAGCCGGGGCAGCCGCUCCAGCCGCAGCGGCAGGACUUCCACGCCGUCCGCCAGCGCCUGAACGCGCUGGCGUCUGCCAGGGGCGGCAAGCUGCACGUCGGGGACCCCUACGCGCACGUGGGCAAGCCCGCGAGAGGGCUGUGCGGCAUGGGCCCCGCCAUGGUGAUAGGCGUCGCCAUCUUUUCGGUCACCGCGGUGGUCGUCGCCAUCGCGGUAGCCCGGACGAGGCCCUUCGGCCGCGGCUCCCCCGCGCUGGGCAGCGUGGCGGAGGCGGCCGCUGCCGUUGGGACGACGCCGGCGCCUGGAGACGCCCUGGUCUCCACGGGGCUGCGCACCAGCACCACCUCGCACAGUGCGGCGGGCCUGGCCGUGGCGCCGGCCAACUGCACGGGCAACACCUCGGAGAUGACGCUAGGCCUCCUGCUGGAGUGCUGCAGGGACACCGACGUGGCCUGCCCGGAGGAGGCCGUGGGCCCCGAGGCGUCUUCAACGACGACAGUAACGGUCACGGACGGCACGAGCGCGGUCACCACGCCGACUGCGGCCACCCAGAAUUCGUCUUCUGCAAGUUCGCCGGCAAUAGGGAACAGAUCUGCAACGGUGACGGCGUACACACAGCUGGCCAAAGGCCAGAUUUGUUUGGACUUCCAGACGUACACCAAGAUUCGUGGGUGCGACGGCUGGGGUCACAUUGAUCUCGACACGUGCAAGGCGUACUGCACUGAGAAUCGGUGGCCUGCCAGAUGUGUGAGCGACUGGGACACCACCGUCGCGUGCUCGCACGUGAUUUGGGAGCCGAACAACGACCACCCUCCCGGGUGGUGCCAGCUCGCGUCGUCUUGCGACCUGGCGCCCGGGAGCUCUGGGGCGCAGGUGCUCGCGAGGGAGGACUUCCCUGCAGCGGCCGCUGCAGCCGCUGGAGCGGUGACCAAUACAUCGAAGGCCGUCACGUCGUUGCCCAGCGUCCUGUGCUACGGCGUGUACAGGAGUGCCAGUGACGAGGAGGGACUCCUCGUGGCGCAGAGUGACAUGGGCGUCGGGAUCUUCAGCUGCGACGGGACGAUGGUCUUCAGCGACAAAAAGGUUGCGCUUGCAUCUGGCAUCGUGCCGAUCAUCAUUGCGAAGAACCUCACUGCUCCAGAGGGUACUGUGGAGCACAUCCUCAACACGGAGAUCUUCAUGAAUGCUUGGGAGUUGAUCCGCACGCAGGGCAACUACAAACAGUUCGAUUGGGUCGUGAAGGCAGAUCCAGACUGCGUCUUCGUGUUCUCGCGGCUGCAGGACCACCUGUCCACGAUCCCCGCCGACGGCAACCAGUACAUCGUGAAUUGCAAGGUUAGUUUUGGUUUCUUUGGGUCAUUCGAAGUUGUUUCUCGAGGAGCACUGGACUUAUAUUAUGCAGGCGCCAAGAGGUGCAGGGACGAGCUGGACUGGGCCUCCGAGGGAGAAGACUUGUACAUGAAGGAUUGCUUCGACCUGCUGGGUGCGGAAGCCUUCGAGGACUUCGGCAUGCUCGCCGACGGCUAUUGCUUGGAGCCGCCCUCCCCGUGCCUGUCCGGCAAGGUCGCGUUCCACGCCAUGAAGACGGUCGGCCAGUAUUUCCAGUGCUUGGAGGAGGCAGAGCGCCCAACCAGUAGCUCUGAGACGCAUGAAUCAUGAAUACGAUGUGAUUUUGGAUCCGAUUCAAGUCGAGGGCCGACAUCAUUUCACGACCGAAUGGUCCUUGCAUGCUGUCAGCGUUUUGCCGUUUUGCGUCGCAGAUCGCCAGUUGGAGUAUUGGCUCUGCUGUAUCACAGAACUCGAUGUCGCGGCUGCCUGUUUGUUUGGCGCCGCAGUUUUCGCAAUCACCGUUGAUCGUGCAUGCCUUUCCGCGUCUCGUCUCUCCCACGCCCACCUCCUCCCUUCCCUUCUCUUCUUCAC